GGUAUGUCUUGUGUGUGUACUUGAAGUAUUGUAAUCUUUCACCCUCGCGUAGACCUAGACAUGUUGCUCGUCUUCACUUUCAAGAUUUCGUGCCACUGACUCGUUUACUGCUGUUCAUAGACAGUGGCUGCUGACCACUGGUUAGAAAGAUACUUCUUUAGCCGUUGGCCAUGGGGAGAAAGAAAACGCAAGAAAAGACUGGUGAUGAGAAGGAUGACAGUGAGGAUGAUGUUUUUAAACCUAGAACAACUAGAUCACAGAAGCCAAAGACCACCACCAAUAGAACAUCAACCAAAAGUAAACCAUCAAAAAAAUCUCAAACUGCCUGCCAUGUACCUACUGAGUCGAAGCCACCAGAACCUGAAGACGUAAAAGAGAAGGAAUCCACUGCUCCUCAAAAAAAUGAAUUUUGUCCAAUUUGUCAAGUUCCACUGAGUAUUCUUAAAAUCACGCCAGCCAAUCAUACUGCAAACUGUAAUAUUUCAGCAAACCUCCCAGCUUGCCCAGAAGAAAAUAAUUGUCUUAAUACUAAUAUAUUCCACUACCGCGACUACUCACAUCAUAUCCUAGCAGCUUUCAGAGUUUCUGAAGAGUAUGUCGAACCAGAUAUAAUUUUUACUCCACAGAAAGCUAAAAUGAAAAGAACUCCUCUGAGAACAUCUGGGAAAAAAAGACCUUCUACAUCACCAGCUCUAUCAGCUUCGAAAAUUUGUAAAACAGACGAAGCAAGCUGCUCCCAGGAUAUUUUCUUGGAAUCUCCUAGUAUACCCUCUACAUCCUGUGGAGUAGAAGAGAGAAAAAAAAGACUGUCAUUCAACAGUAACAAGGAUCACACUGAAUCAGAUCCUGACGAUCCUGAGAUCCCUGCGAAUUUACAUGAAACUGAUGUCAUUUUAAGUGACCUUAUCUUGAGUGAAGAACUUAAACCAUUAGAACUUUUCAGUCAUCAACCAUUUGUAAUUAAAAGAGAGCCAAGCUCACCAAAUAGUAUGGAUGAAUCUAGCUUACCAAAAUUGAUAGCCCCAAAUGCAAAAGUCAUGAUAGAUUAUAAUCAAUCUUUGACUUCGAAUUGUGACCAAGAGAUUGUUGGUAACAAAGUGGAGUGCACUGAAACAUGUGAAGAGAUCCUAGCAAAUGAAGACAGUCUGCAAGCCAACUGUUCAAUAGUCUUGAAGAAACAUGGUCUGAAGAGUCCAAUGUCAGUUAAUUUAUAUUUGAACAAUUCAGGAUGGGAAGCUAUAGAAGUUAACAGUAGUGUAAACAGUAGUUUACAAAAACUUAAAAUUUCUCUCUGUAAAUGUAGCAGUAGUAUUUGCGUUGAUUGUUCUUUGGGUAUAAACAUUGCAAAUGGUGAUGAGAAUUUCAUUCCCAAUGAUCAUCAACAACUUGAAAAUUUUUUUGUUUCAAUGGUAGAAAUGGGGCUCAAAGAACCACCACUUAAUUGUGACAUAUUAAGUAAAGAAAAUUACCAGGCAAGCUGUAAUCAAAUUACAGUUUCUUCUGUUGCUCAGAACAAAUGUGUUCCUGUAGAAAAUGGCCAAGAUCAGGUGCUAAGAGAGGUUGACAGUGACAAGAUUGGUACAAAACCUGUGGGAGAAACGAGCAAGACAGAUAAAGUAUUAGAUGCAUUUUCUGUCUUGAAAAGAACUUCUGCUGAUGGUCGUCGAAAAUCAGCAACAUUGGCGGCUCCAUUGUCUGGUUUAAAUUCUGCUCCCACCGGUGUCCCAAUGGUUGUGUCAAAGACCACUGGGUCAUCCUGGACUCUUGUUCCUUCCAAAGAGAACAAGACAAAACCAUCUUCAGGGUGGGGUCAACCUUCUAGCAACAAAAAACUGCCUGCAUACAAAAAAAUCCCAGACACUCCAUUUGUUGUGGAUGCAUUUAGUUAUGGAAUAAUUCCAGGGAUUAAAAUUUAUUUUUUAAGUCAUUUCCACUCGGACCAUUAUAUUGGUCUAAGAAAAGACUUCAACAUGCCAAUAUUUUGCAGUCAAGUUACAGCAAAUCUAGUUAAUUUGAAAAUUAAGGUAGAUAAAAAGUAUCUACAUAUUCUCAAAAUAGAUGAACCUCGUAUGGUUUGUGGAGUAGAGGUUGAGGUCUUUGAUGCAAACCAUUGCCCUGGAGCGAUCAUGUUCUUAUUUAGGCUCGCAGAUGGCAGAGUGUUUUUACAUGUUGGUGAUUUUCGAGCCCAUACCAGUAUGGAGGAGUUUCCUCAAUUACGUCAAGUUGACAAACUAUAUCUCGACACAACAUACUGUGAUCCGUCAUAUAAUUUUCCUUCUCAAGAAGAAGUUGUUGAGAAAGUUAUACAGACUGCAAGAGAACAUCUUUCUCGAAAUAAGUCAACUCUUAUUGUUUGUGGAACUUACACCAUAGGGAAGGAAAAAGUAUUUAUGGGUUUAGCUAAUGCUUUUAAUAUGAAAAUUUGGACAGCAACUGAAAAGAGGAGGGUGUUGCUUUGUUUAGAAGACCAGAACAUUAUAGGUCGUCUCACAAAUGACCCACUUGAAGCUCAGAUUCAUGUUUUGGCUAUGCGUGAUAUUUCCUUUGAGAUCCUCCCCAAACAUUUAAGUAAGUAUAGCUCAAAAUACUCCCACGCACUUGGUUUUAAACCCACUGGGUGGACAACCUCCACAUCAAUCAAAGGAAAACCAAGUGAUUUUCAAAAGAACAGCCGUGGUCAAAUUACUAUCUAUGGUGUGCCCUACAGUGAGCAUAGCAGUUUUUCAGAAUUACGCCAAUUUGUGAGAUUUGUUAACCCGAGGGAUAUUCAGGUUACAGUCAAUGUCAGUAAAACUAGUCAGUAUAGAAAACUGUUCCAGCAAUGGCUUUCUACUUCUCGGGAUAUUGACACUCAGUCCAAAAUGAAUCAGUAUUUUUCUACUUCAAAGUAAAAAUGAUUUCACUAUAUAUUUUUGUUCUCUUUAAUGUUUUCACCUACUCUGAUUGAGUUGUAUUCAUUAAAAGAAAAGUUAUUUUGCAACCAAUUGUUUACUAUCUAUAUCACUAACAAUCAAGAGAUUCAGUUCAAUAGCUAUUUCUGUGCCUUGAUUAUUAUUUAUACAGUAUUAUCUAUCCUGUUCCUGUUUGAUGGUGCAAAGUUUCUCUUAAUUAUUCUCUGAAAGUGAAUAGUAAAUGUGAUUGAAACUAUACCAUUGUUUUUAUAACUUUUUAAACAUAUUUUUUAACAAUUUUAUCUGUUUACUACUACUAUUGCUAUGUUCGUUUUUUAAUGGCUUAUUAAAUAAAUUUACAAAAAAAAAAAAAA